GAAGCCUGGGAACUCGACUUAUCUCUAAAGUGAGCAGAGAAGGGAAAAGGGGAGAGAGAGGCGUGCAGAGAGAGCGAGCAAGAGCAAUGACGUAAUGAACUCAGGCAGCCAGGCAGGAAACCACAACUCCCAGGAUGCACUCGGAUUUACUGUGGCACUGGACGGGGGAAGGGAAAACUGAGAUUGGAGGGAGAAAAUAAUCACAAACUGAGGUUGUUUCAUAAAUAUACGUUCACAUGCCAAUUUGCGAAAUAAGACAUCGAACGCAACGCUUUCAAAUUCAGAUGUCCUAAUAUGGAAGCAUGACACCUCCUUUCAAGGACCAUGGACACAAAGUAAUCCCUUCCAUGCCACACGUCUUACCGCUCACAAUUACCGGACCAUUGUAACAUUCAACUGUAUGCCCUUUCAUGUAAGGCUGAAGACCUGCGCACAGCAGCACUGAUGCAAGUAACGUGAACAGGAGCACCACGCGGUUGCCCCAAUGCCCCUGAGAUUCCUCCUAAGUGCCAAAGUAAUGAAGCGUCUUGGACAGGAAGGGCCCAGCCUUACCAACCGAUGUCAUUAUCAAGCCUCCACAUUCGUCUACUGGGUCAGAUGAGACAACACAGCGCCCAGGCUUCUCUGUGGAAGGUGGAGGGAGGGAGUCUUUCAGCACACCUGCCUAUCGCUAGACGGCUGUCUCUUCCAGUCGACUCCUGAGGGAAGACCCCCUGUGUAGCUCACUCGGCACACACAACACAGACGCAUUGUUGUAACGCAGUGACUUAAAGAAUCGCCGGUUCGUUGCUUGAAACAUUCACAGCCGGGUCGCCAUCAACGUUUACAGACUGUACACAAAGAAGAUGAAUGGGACUAACAUCAUCCAUGGACAGUAACAGUAACUAAGCGUUGGAAAUACAUUUGACCUUGGACAUUUAGCUUUACAUGCAUACAAGGAGAGAAGAGUGACACUCUGAACGGCUCUUGAACAUAAACCAUGGUGGACUCCACGUCAGCUCCUUGUCGAGUCCAUGACCUCAGCGGCCUAUAGAGGGAACGAUCCGGAAGAGCGUUCUCUGACAAACUCCCACAUAUGCAAUGGAAGGAGACAUUAGUGUUGAAUCACACACUGAGGGUCUGACAUGUUUGUCCCAUGAAUGUAAACCAUUCGAGGAGGUCACGAACGGCCACUCCAUCCACAAGCCGGUGACGAAUGGACUCCCCAUCGGCCAUCGUGUUAAAGAGCAGAGCAAUGGAAACGCUUCGCUGCGUUCACUGCCGAUCUCAGCACUGAAGCAGAAUGGCCUUCUGCAGACCUUGGCUGCGGGAGGGGAGCCUAUGGUGGCAGAGGAGAGCUCUGAGCUGGAGAAGGCCAGGGAGGAAUGGGAGGCAGUGGAGAGCGCCCAGCCAGCGGCCAGCGAAGAGUCGGUGCCGACGCCUCUCAUCUCCUUCAACGAGGCCCUGCAGUACUUUCAGACCACGGACCUCGGGGAGCUCCUGAGGAACAUACAGCCCACCGUUCGUAGGACCGGCCUGGCCGCCAUCACACACUUCUUCUUCGGACCCCCGCGGCUGCACAGAGAGCUCCUGGAGGAGAGGGACCUUGUGUUUGCCAUUGCACAAUGUUCUCUAGACAACAGCCAGGCGGUGCACAUGCGUGUCCUCCAGACCAUCUACAAGAGGCUGGUGGGCGGCCGGCUGGACUGCGCUCGCUACGGAGACCACUGGGAGAACAUCGGCUUCCAGGGUACGGACCCGGCAACUGACCUGCGUGGGACGGGCUUCCUAGGCCUGAUGCACACGCUGUACUUCGUCAUGGACCCGGAGACUCUGCCGUUGGCCCGGGACAUCUACAAGCUCUCCCAGCACCCCACACAGAAUUUCCCCUUCAGCGUGAUGUCAAUCAACAUGACCCGCAUCGCCCUGCAGGUGCUGCGGGAAGAAGCCCUCUCAAAGGAGUGUAACCGGCGGCAGCAGGUGGUGGGGGUGCUGAACGAGUUCUACGUGGCCACGUAUCUGCACCUGUUCCAGCUGUGGAAGACCCAGCAGAAGACCAUCUCUGACUCCGGCUACGUGCUUAAAGAGGUGGAGCUGUUUGCCAAGAAGAACCCCAAGCAGAUGAUGCGGCGGCUGGAGGUCUUCCUGAAGGAGCAGCGGGCGGGGGCGGGGCCGCGGGGGCCGUCGCCGGACCCCCAGGGCCAGCAGGGGGGCUCCCCCAGCCUGGGAGGAGCCAGAACGGGACCAGGGUCGGGAUCAGGGCAGGGCAGCAAGGAGAAGCAGAUGCACUUCACUGGAGUAUGUGAGCUACCCCCGGACAUGGAAGGAGAGGCCAGACUCAUCUAAGAUAGGCUGUGUGUGUGUGUGUGUGUGUGUGUGUGUGUGUGUGUGUGUGUGUGUGUGUGUGUGUGUGUGUGUGUGUGUGUGUGUGUGUGUGUGUGUGUGUGUGUGUGUGUGUGUGUGUGCCCCACUCAGCCCUAAUUACCCAGGCGCUUCUAGCAGACUUCCCCCCCCUGACCCAAGCUGUGUAUGUGUGUGUGUGUGGGGGGGGGGGGAUGGACAGCCCCAUGUCCAUCAAUGUAAUCUGGCUCUAUGAACGAGACGGUGGGGUUGGCAGUCGCAGGGCUGAUGCCGACCAAUCCACACAAGAUGAUCCACAACUACAGCUACCACGGCAACAACACAAAAUAAAACUAAGAGGAAAACAGAUGUUUUGCUUAUCGGGUUUAGCCGCUGCCUAAAGGCCGUCGUGGGCUGCUCUGUCUCCGUCAGGCCGGUGGCAUCCCGCCGUGGGCGGCCAGACAGACAGACAGACGGACGGCACUGUGCUGGGUGCACUUUGUUUGGUGGAGGAGGGGGUUGCAUUCCCUGCUGUAAUGCAUUCUUAGUGAGGGUGUUUUUAGAAGAAUUUAGAAAAAUAUGAGGUCCGGUCGAGGCCAGUCUCCCGGGAGUUGGAUAAGAAUAGGUGUUGAUUAGAGAUUAACGGGGUCGAAGAAAACUAUAAUCUAUAAAUGUAUAUAUAAAUAUUACGCAUAAAUAUAUAUAAAAAAUAUAUAUAUAAAUAUAUGUAUAUUUUAAAUGAUCUAAGGAUGAGUAAUAUUGAGGAUCCUUUGCAAAGGGACAGCGCAUCCCUAAAGUUACCUAAAAUAGUUUAAAAGGCAGCCCAGAGCUUCAAUGGGGGUGGGGGGUCUUCUCUAACAGACACUCUGGUCCUCCCUGAACGUCGGAAGGUCCUCCCUUAAUGUCAGAAGGUCCUCCCUUAACGUCAGAAGGUCCUUACAAACGCUGCCCAUGGCGUCAGCGGCGUAGGUAGGUCUAGCGUAGCGAUAGCCUAGCGAUAGCGUAUGUGCUUGCCUCGGCCCCAGAGGGCCGGGCCAACCUUCUGCUAUUUGAGCUGUCUUUACAUUCCGAGCAUGUGACAGUGUGUGCGGUUGCAAAAAUGCAGUGUGUGCAUGUGUGUGUGUGUGUGUGAGUGAGAGAUGGAUGAAACGAACAAGCUGAUAUCGGACGCAGGGGGCCUCUCAUAAGAGACGUGUGGUACGGUAUGCAAUCCCAGCUCUCCCUCAAUGAUAAUCAACACAAGAAAAAAACGACAGUGCUGUGUGACGAUCGACUUCGUUCCUAACUUCAGGGUUUGUGUGCAUGAGCCAGUGAACGAGUGCGUGCGUGUGUGUGUUUUAUGUGUGUGUGCGUCACACGACAGGAACUGACAACAGAUGGGUUGUUUGUGUUUGUGUUUUUUUUUUUUUGUUUACUUGGCACACGAUAAAGCCAGCUUUUAUCAAAGCACCUGCUGCAUUAAGCUACGUCGUACCCACGAGUGGAACACUACAGUCCUCCUGAGAGAGCCAGAGAAGGGACCCGCUCCGAAUACACACAACACAUUUACCCCGCGCGUUCGCUACAGACCCUGGGCGGGUCGGGCCUCCAACAGGCCUCCGUUCCCGGUCGUACUUCAGGCCCCCCCCCCCCCUCCACCGCUGGCACCUUGGUGGUCUCGACGCGGAAACCGCCAACGUCCCUUCCCGCACGUUCCUGGCCUGUAGCGUUCUUCAGGUAGCAACUAGUACUGUAGCAUCGCAUAGCCUCCUCCUCCUCCUCCUCCUGGUAAAGCUUCAGUAAUCAGCCGAUCGCGUCAGUGAGUACGGGGAAAGAGCGCUUCACGCUCGGCUGUCUGCCUCAGUGACACCCUCCUCCCUGUGUCUCCCUCCCUGCCCACUGGCCGCGGGGUGAUCCUAUUAUUUAUGGAUGCCCUGGUCGAGGGGUCGGAGUGCUCGGUUCAGACGUCCUACUUUGGCCUCUGUGCGUCCGGCUUUGUGUGACGUUUCAUUUAGAAGUCUUCGGGCCUCAUUGUGCCGCAACGGCAGGUCAUCCAUGCGUGUGAAACGGUACUGCUGAAGCAGAACCCCCCGCUACGGCCCCGUAAUCCACUCAGAGAACGCACACGCAGGCCUGCCGCGCGUGUGGAAAAAGAUAUAUAAAUAAAUACAACGAUACGCAGUUCUAUUUUUUAUUAUUUAUUGACAUUUUUUAUACACCCUUUACCGACUUUUUACAAGUGAGCUGAAUAUUAUAAUUUUUUGCCAAGUGCUUGCAAGUGUUUUAGUUGGACAGCAAAAUUUGCACUCUUUGUAGAAUAUUGAUUAUGUG